GGGUGUAUCGGAGGCAGCUUGCAAGCCACGGAAACCGAAAGUCGAUGAGGACAGACACCUGCAAGAGUUGUGUUUGUUCCGUGAAGAAUGACGGACACGAUACCAGCAAAGAACAACUGCUCACAGUAUCGGGAUUCGGGCAGAGCAGGCUCAGGCUUGGAAAAUGAGGAGGAGUUUGUGGAUCUAUUGGAUGAGCAAAGGCGCAGCAGUGAUCUUGGCUUUGCUCUGAGGACCUUCAACCCUAACCCCUUCAAAGGAGCCUCUCCCUGCUCCACGGCUGACCUCAACAAAGCCGUGCUGGAGUCCCAGUAUCUACGCUACAUGGUCAAAGAGAUCGCCAUGGAGACAGGGUCAUCGGUGGAGGAGGUGAGAGAGGAGGCUUGUGGGAUUUUGGAGGAAAUGUCUCAAAACCUGCAGCUGGGGUUUAUCAGGCUAAUGGCCUACGUACUCAGCAAGGUGUUCAAGAGACUCUUCACCAGCAUCUUUGUCAACACAGAAGGACUCAACACGCUUCAACAAGCCAUUCAGGAGAGCCCUGUCAUCCUGAUGCCCAAUCACAGGAGUUAUGUGGACUUCUUGGCUAUCUCCUACAUCUUGUUCAGCUACGACAUCCCAGUACCUGUUAUUGCUGCAGGAACUCCUCUUGCAGGGAUGAAGAUGAUCGGCGAGAUACUGCGUCGCUCUGGAGCUUUCUACAUCCGACGUGCCAUUGGCUCUGACAAACUGUACUGGGCGAUGCUGUCAGAAUAUGUGAAAACCAUUGUCAGGAGAGGGUUUGCUCCUGUGGAGUUUUAUGUGGAAGGCCUGCGGAGUCGCACACUAAAGUCUCUGAUACCCAAGAUAGGUAUGAUGCACAUGGUGCUGGAGCCUUUCUUUAAAGGUGAAGUAUAUGACAUCACAUUGGUUCCUAUCAGUAUCAGCUAUGACAGAGUGCUGGAAGAAUCGCUGCUUGCACACGAGUUACUCGGCAUCCCCAAACCCAAAGAAAGCACCACGGGUCUGCUGAAGGCAAGCAAAGUACUCCAGGAGGAUUAUGGCAGCAUGCAUGUGAACUUUGGCCGCCCCCUAUCUGUCCGGCAGCUGUGUCAGGGCAAGAUAAACCGCUGUCAGUAUAACCUCAUACCGAGAGAUCUUCCUCAGAAGCCCAACGCAGAGACUCAGGACUGUGUGAACUGGCUUGCUCAUCUGAUGGUACGAAUCCAAGAGGAGGGCUCUGUGGUCAGCCCUUGGUCUCUGAUGGCCUGCCUGUUGCUCCAGACUCCUAUUACAGUGCUGUCACAGGAGGGCCUGCUUUGGCAUCUGCUCACAGAAAAAACCCUCUGGCUCAGGAAGCUGGCACUGGACUUUGGAGCUCGCCUGAACUGGCCUGGACAAGUCCCUGACUCGGAUGUGAUGUCAUCCACUGUGGCCAUUCAUCGUUCCGUAGUUCACCGUAAAGCAGGAUGCGUCUACCUGGUUCGGGAGGAAGAGCCUGCAAGGAAACGUCCAAUCAGCCCUGAGGAGGGUGUGAUAAGGACAGCGGCGGCGGUGCUGAUGUUAGCUUCCUAUAGGAAUCAGUCCAUACACAUUUUCUUGCGUCCUGCCAUGCUCGCAACGGCCAUACACAUCACAAAGACCACACAGAGAGACGAACUCUUCACCUUCUUCUGCUUCCUACAGGACGUCUUCUCCAACGAAUUCAUCUUCAUCCCUGGAAAGUCGUCUCAGGACUUUGAGCAGGCAUGCUUCCUCCUGAAGAAAUGUGGAGCAGUUCACAUCAGUCAACAGGAAGUGCUGGUGUCAGAUGUGGGGCUGGAAGUGCUAUCUUUCCUGCGGGCGCUGCUACAACCCUUCAUAGAAUCUUAUCAGGUGAUGUUCAGGUACCUCUGUGAAGAGGAAGUUCAUGUCCUCUCUGAGAAACAGUUCCUACCUGCUGUGAGAAACGUGGCUACAAAGCUCAUCCUCUCCGGUGAUCUUCACACCUACGAAGCUCUCUCGUCUGACACGCAGAAAAACGUUUUGGUGGCUCUGCGGAGGCUGGAGAUUGUGACAAAGUUGAGGGCGUCAGAGCAGAACGAAUACAGAGUGAACAAAGCAGCUGUCAGAAGAAUUGAAAACAUACUCUCCGGGGAAAUCCCUCCUCAGAUGCUCCAGACUACACCUGAUGCAAGACUUUAGCCUCCAUUAAACCAGAGCCCUCUUCUCCAUCAGCUCACAGUCCUGUUUACCCUUACAUGACCCCUUCCUCCUUUCCCACUUCACUUCUUCUUCCCCCACUGUGCCUUUACACCGCUGCCAGUCGAGUUGCUGCACUUUAAUUCUGCACUCAGACAAAAUAGUUUGUCCGGGACGCCAGUGGCCAGAUUUAACCUGGCAGUGUUCCACUCAUGAACGUGUGCUACCUCCUCCCCCUCUCUGUGUGUCCUUGCUCUUGUUUCUUACAGAUCUCGCAGGGCUAAGAUAAAGCUACAAAGACCAGGUGAUCCAAAGGUGACAGUAUUGCUGAUUAAGUGUGAUGGCUAUGAAGAAAGUCGUCCGUGUGAAUGAAGCACUAGUGAUGUGUGUGGCUAAAGAUACUGAACCAUAACUGUAUUUCAGUCAGUUACAUUGUGUUUUAGUAUGUUUUUAUCUGAUAGAGCACUUUAAAACAAGCUGAAUUGCUGGUAUAGUGAGUGCAAUUAGACAGUAAACACUGAAUAAUGACACUUGAUUGUAUGUACAUUAAUCUAUGAAUAAAAAUCUAAAUACUGUAUGUCAAACACCGUAACCCAUCAAAGAUGUGAGAUUGUUUGUUUGAGGCAUUUAUUUUUACAAUAAAUGUAAAACAAGUGUAACAAAA